CUUUAAAGGUUUUGAUUUAUCAGAUAAACGAAUGGCUAACGACUACGUUUCCACUGUUCUGCUUCUUCUUAGCCUCCUUAUCUUCUUGAGUCAGCGUACUGAUUCUGCCUCUAUCGUCAAGUCUCUUCCUGGUUUUGAUGGCCCUCUUCCCUUUGAACUCGAAACCGGGUUUGUUUUCCUCUCUUCCUGUGAUUGUUUUAUCUGUUGUUCUGAGUUUGGAAAUAAUCUUAAGUAUGUAUGAAUAUGAUUCUGUGUGAAUGAAAAGGUAUAUUGGUGUUGGUGAGGAAGAGGAAGUGCAGUUGUUUUACUACUUUAUCAAGUCUGAGAGGAAUCCACAAGAAGAUCCUCUUCUACUCUGGUUAAGUGGAGGACCUGGUUGCUCUUCUAUCUCUGGUCUUCUUUACGAGAAUGGGCCUGUGAAUGUGAAGAUUGAGGUUUACAAUGGAACUCUUCCUUCCUUGGUCUCUACUACAUAUUCAUGGACUAAGGUUUCGAGUAUAAUAUAUUUGGAUCAGCCUGUUGGAACUGGCUUCUCCUACUCAAGAACUAAACUUGUUAACAAACCCAGUGAUUCAGGAGAAGCCAAGAGAAUCCACGAGUUUCUUCACAAGUGGCUAGGCAAGCAUCAAGAGUUUUCCUCCAACCCUUUCUAUGUCGGUGGGGAUUCUUAUUGUGGUAUGGUCAUUCCGGCACUCGUUCAAGAAAUCUCAAAAGGAAACUAUGUAUGCUGCAAACCUCCAAUAAAUCUUCAGGGCUAUAUUCUUGGAAACCCAUCAACAGAAAAUGAAGUUGAUAUUAAUUAUCGCAUUCCAUAUGCUCAUGGAAUGGCACUGAUCUCUGAUGAACUCUAUGAGUCAAUGAAGAGAAUCUGCAAAGGAAAAUAUGAAAAUGUUGAUCCACGUAACACAAAAUGCUUGAAACUCGUUGGAGAAUAUCAGAAGUGCACUAAAAGAAUAAACAAAGCACUUAUAAUAACGCCAGAGUGUGUAGACACAUCUCCUGAUUGCUAUAUGUAUCGGUAUUUGUUAACUACCUACUGGGCCAAUGAUGAGAAUGUGCAAAGAGCUCUUCAUGUCAAUAAGGGGAGUAUAGGGGAAUGGGUACGUUGUUAUUUUGAGAUACCUUACAAUCAUGACAUUAAAAGCAGUGUACCGUACCACAUGAAUAACAGCAUCGAUGGAUAUGCAUCUCUCAUCUUCAGUGGUGAUCACGACAUGGAAGUACCUUACCUUGGAACUCAAGCUUGGAUUAGGUCUCUUAAUUAUUCUCUCAUUGAUGACUGGAGACCUUGGAUGAUAGGAGAUCAAAUCGCUGGAUACACGAGGACCUAUGCCAAUAAGAUGGCAUUUGCUACUAUCAAAGCAAGUCUUUUCCUUUAGUUUCAUUUCAAAUCAACGUUUUGAGUGCAGUUUUCACAAUAUGUUUCUUAAUUGAUUUGUGGAUUUGUUAUAGGGAGGAGGACACACACCAGAGUAUAAACCAGAGGAGAGUUAUAUCAUGUUCCAAAGGUGGAUCAGUGGUCAGCCUUUGUAACUUGAAGCCAAAGCAAUUCCACAUUUCUCGUUUUCUCCAAACCAGAGAAAUCAUUAAAAUAAGUCCAAAUGUUUAAAUCUUUCUUUUGGUCUGUUGGAAAACUAUUGUUGGCACUAAAUGCUCAGCCACAAGAGUUUAAAUGGUUCAAGUUUGUGUUCUAAUUUUUGCAUGGCCUUUAAAACUUCUAUAACGUAAAUAAACAAAACAAAACUAUAAAUAACUAUAAUGGUUCGUU